AUGUAUCUAAAAAGAGAUACAGGAUUAGGGGGCUGGAUAACUGUACCUGCUGUAGCUGAUGUUCUUAAGUAUUCUUGCAUUGUUUGCUGGUCUUCUAGGGAAAAGAAUAACGUGGAACAGGACCUCAAGGAGAAAGAAGAUGCCAUCAAACAGAGGACAAAUGAGGUCCAGGAUCUUCAGGAUGAAGUGAAGAGGGAGAGUAGUAAUCUGCAGAAGCUGCAAGCUCAGAAACAGGAAGCACAGGAAAUCCUUAACCAACUCGAUGAGCAAAAAGCCAAGCUGGAGGAGCAACUUAAUGACAUACGGCAGAAGUGCACUGAGGAGGCUCAUUUGAUUGCCUCGUUGAAGGGUGAAAUAACUAGUCAAGAAUCUAAGAUCUCAGCAUAUGAAGAGGAACUGUGCAAAGCUCAGGAGGAACUGAGUCGCCUGCAGCAAGAAACUGCAGAGCUUGAGCAGUGCGUUGAGUCAGGGAAGGCGCAGCUGCGACCCCUCCAGCAGCAUCUGCAGGAUUCACAACAGGAAAUCCAUGCAGUGCAGACAAAACUGUUUGAGCUUAAAGAUUUGGAAAAUAAUCAGUUUAACUGGCAUAGUCGCCCACACAACACACUUGUUAAUGGGACAGCAGAUCAUUCUAGUCUUAGCAACAGCAGCAGUGAAACUGCUAACCUUAAUGAGAGUGCUGAAAGGGAGAGUUCAGCAGAAGAUGAACAAAUAAGUCAUGAGUCUCCUGUAACGAAUAGUCCUGAAACAACACAAGCUGUCAUGGAAGAAGAGAAAGAGACCCCGACUGAAAACAUUACCAAAAAAGAGGAGCCAUUUGAUGAAGAGUCUCCUCCACUACCUGAUCCGGUUACAGAAGCCAAUUUAGAUUUCUUCCAGUCUGACCCUUUUGUUGGCAGCGAUCCUUUCAAAGAUGACCCUUUUGGGAAAAUUGAUCCUUUUGGUGGUGAUCCCUUCAAAGGUUCAGAUCCUUUUGCAGCUGACUGUUUUUUCAAGCAAUCCUCUACUGAUCCUUUUGCAGCAGCAUAUACUGAUCCUUUCAACACAACAGGCAAUAAUCUCACAGCAGAAACACCGAAGAACAAUGAUCCUUUUGCUCCUGGUGGAACAGCCAUUACUGCGCAAAAUGAUCCUGCUGCAGAUCCCUUUGCCUCUCUGUUUGGAAAUGAAUCGUUUGGAAGCGGUUUUGCUGACUUUAGCACACUGUCAAAGGCCAACAAUGAAGAUCCCUUUAGUUCUUCCACAUCAGGGUCUGUCAACAAUGUAGUCAUAACUAAAAACUUAUUUGAGGAACCACCAGCCAAAAAUGAGGAUAUUCCUCCUGCUUUACCACCCAAGACUGGAACUCCUACAAGACCCUGUCCCCCACCGCCAGGGAAAAGACCUAUCAAUAAGCUGGAUUCUUCAGAUUCCUUUAAAUUGAAUGAUCCGUUUCAGCCUUUCCCUGGCUGUGAGACUCCCAAAGAGCAAGAAGCAGAUUUGUUUUGUGACCCAUUUGCUCCCACCAAUUUCAGUAAAGAGACAGACGCCAACAAUUUUGCAAACUUUGGUAAUUAUCCUACUGAAGAAGACAUGAUUGAAUGGGCUAAGAGAGAAAGUGAGAGAGAAGAGAAAGAGAGACUUGCAAGAUUAAAACAGCAAGAGCAAGAAGAUUUGGAACUGGCGAUUGCACUCAGUAAAUCUGAAAUUUCAGAAGCAUGAAGUUAGAAUGACAGUGUGUCUUAUGUCAACUGUUUUGUCCCAUUUCUCCCAUUUCCUGAGUAUUUAAUCUAUUUAAAAUGUUAAUCAGAAGCUACCUAUGGAUAGGAAAGUAUGAAAGGUUUUAAAUUCCUGCAAAUGUGAUCAAUUAUUUAUCUUUUUUUUAAAAUCCCAUUCUGAUUUAUAAUUUUUCCUGAAUUUGAUUAACAUUAUCAGCCAACUUAUAGCAGAGCACUGCUCCACCGUGGAUGCUUUCGAGAUUUUUGCCUGUGCUAUUUUUUUUUUGGUGUAUACCCAGGACAAUAAAGUCUCUUUCUGUAAUACAGAGGGAGAGAACACUGCAUGUCAUCUUUAAAAUCAUUGUCGUUCUUGUCUUGUAUGAAGACAUCUUCGUGAACAUUUGUGAUUCUUCAAGUUCAGAAACAAGAAAAUAUUGUCCCAAUCAAGUUCCUUAGAAAGCAAGUUGAUGAGAGUGGCACAGGACACAAAAGUAUAUGCCCAAACUUCCAUAUUCUUAGUGCACAUGAUGGCUUUUCUUUCCAGGUGGAAGGGCUGGUUUAUUUAAAGAGAUUGUAACCCAGGCAAAAGCUAAAAUAUUCUUUUCUGCUGUUUCACAAAGAAUGUAGGUAGAGUUUCAAUACUUAUUUUUAUAUGGUAUGUGGACAUUACUGGUACAUUUCACUUUUUGGUUAUUUGACAUUUGGAUAAUGGAUUGUUUUUGCGUUCACACUCCCCCAAGUUUAAGGAAAGCAAAAUAAAAUUCGUACCUGAAAACAAA